AUGAAAAAUUUUCAAGAAUUGUAAAAAGUAAUAAAUUUAUAUUUAUUAAAACUUAGUUGUUAAGUUAUAAGACAUUUACAUUUGUUAAAAAAAAAAUGAUUAAUAUUUAUAAUCCAAUAUAAAUAUGUGUUUCAAAUAAUGAAGCAAAUGAAUUUUUUAAUAAUAUUAUUGAAUAUUUUUAUCAUCCUAGAAUAGAUGGCAAACUGAAAUGUAAAUUUUUAAACUAAAAAUAAAAAUAAAUUAAAUAAAAUCAUAGAAUUGAAAUGUUAGAAAUUUCCCAUUUAAGCAUGAUGAAAAUCAAAUAAAAGAAGCAUUUCAAUACAAAAUAUUCACAAAUUAAAUUAGAUCUUAGAGAAUAAAUUAAAGAUAAUGAUGUAUGAUAUAUAUUAAAAUAUUUAGUUAUUAUUUCAAUCUAAAAAAUACAUUCAAUAAAUAAAUCAAAUAAUUUGA